AUGGAUGAUAGAUCCAGUAAGCUGCUCUUGGUUCCCAUCCUGGCGGUGCUCUUCGUGAUGAUCGGACGCAGUCAAGAGGCGUCGCUCAACCCCGCGGCUCUCCCGACGCGGCGGCCGGGACGCGUCCUUCAGACGGGCCGCAGGGCUCGCGCGACAGACGGCGUCGGAGGGGAGAUGAGAGGCGACAACAGGUGUCAGGGGUCUGAUGAAUGGAGGCGAGGCCCCAGUCGUUUGUCUCCUGCUGCGCGGCCGGCCUCGGGCGCCCCGCCCUUCGAGGGGGGGAGUUCCAUUUAUGUUGUCUGUCUUCCCGUGUGCCGCAGGAACUUCUACUACAUCACGAUGCUGCGUGACCCCGUCUCCCGCUACCUCAGCGAGUGGAAGCACGUGCAGCGCGGCGCCACCUGGAAGACCUCGCUGCACAUGUGCGACGGCCGCUCGCCCACGCAGGACGAGCUGCCCACCUGCUACAGCGGCGACGACUGGUCGGGCGUCUCGCUCACCGACUUCAUGGACUGCCCCUCCAACCUGGCCAACAACCGGCAGGUGCGCAUGCUGGCCGACCUCAGCCUAGUGGGCUGCUACAACCUCUCCUCCAUGAACGACAGCGAGCGCUCCCAGAUCCUGCUGACCAGCGCCAUGAGCAACCUGAAGAACAUGGCCUUCUACGGCCUCACCGAGUUCCAGCGCAAGACGCAGUACCUGUUCGAGCGGACGUUCAGCCUGCGCUUCAUCGCCGCCUUCACGCAGAUCAACAGCACGCGCGCCGCCAACGUGGACCUGAGCGAGCCGGUGCGCCGCCGCAUCGAGGAGCUGAACCUGCUGGACAUGCAGCUGUACGAGUACGCCAAGGACCUGUUCCUGCAGCGCUUCCAGUUCAGCCGCCAGCGGGAGCACCGCGAGGUGAGGCUGAAGCGCCGCGAGGAGCGCCGCUGGCUGCGGGAGCAGCGGGAACAGGAGGAGGAGCAGGGGGAGCUGGAGGAGGAGGAGGAGGAGGAGGAGGAGGAGGAGGAGGAGGAGGUCCCCGCCACCACCGAAGACUACACCAGCCAAGUGGUCCGCUGGUGAGACCCCCGCAGUCCCUCUGCAAAUAAAGAGGGAGGGCGAGAGCGCUGGGAAGCAUAUGAAAGCAAUCGCUGAAGG